UGGUGGACUGAACGAAAUGGAGAGAGCUGAUUGGUAUGAUUGCUGAAAGUGACACCACAGAUUACCCAUGCGAAGUGUUACCAAAGGAGCGGAGGAUGAGAUUGUUAUCUCCGGGAUGUCCGGACGGUUCCCGGAGUCGGAGUCCCUGGAUGAACUCUGGAAGAACCUCAUGUCUAGGGAGGACAUGAUAAAAGUUGACGACAGACGGUGGCCAGUGGGUGUAUUUGAAGUGGACACAUUUGGAAAACUGAAGGACAUCAGCAGGUUUGAUGCCCCAUUCUUCAACUUCACCGCAGAUCAAGCUAACCAGUGUGCUCCGGAUGUCAGGGUGAUGCUUGAAGUGGCUUGGGAGACCAUUGUGGAUGCUGGGUGUGAUCCUAAGAGUUUGGAGAAUACUCCUACUGGGGUUUAUAUAGGUAAUUGCAUAGUUGAAGCGGGAGAAGCGCUUACAAACAAUGUUAACACCAUCACAGCUACUGGACUACUCAACAGCAUGCAUACAUCCCUCCCCAACAAGAAAGUAAGCACCUUCACUGGAGCUCCUCCAGAUACGGCUGUAAUGGCGAUGAAAAGGGGCGACAUAUCAGCAGCACUCAUCGGAGGCUGUAACCUCAACCUCAAACCUCAGGCGACUGUAGCCCUGCACCGCAUGAACAUGGUCUCAGGAGGGAGGGGAUGCCGUGUUUAUGAUAAAUCAGCUGAUGGGUACAGUAGAGCAGAGUGUAUCUCUCUCGUUCUUCUUCAGUGGCGAAGUCAAGCAAAACGUAUUUAUGGCCGGAUAGUAAACAGUGUAACGAAUAACGAUGGGUUCAAGGAGGAAGGGAUUAUAUUUCCAGAUUCAAGGAGUCAGAUCUCACUACUAAGAGAAGCGUACAAGGGGACGUGUGUAGCGGAAGAGGAUGUGGUGUAUGUAGAGGCUCACGGAACAGGUACUCAGGCUGGGGACACCCAGGAGUGCCUUGCUGUGGACAAUUUCUUCUGCAGUAAACGGAGCAAGGAUAAGCCCCUUCUGAUUGGAUCCAUCAAGUCUAACCUGGGGCACGCUGAGCCCGCCUCCGGUGUAGCAAGUCUCUGCAAAGUCCUGAUGUCCUAUACUAAAGGUGUCAUACCACCAAACAUCCAUCUGAACGAGAUCAACCCAAAGUUGGAGGCUGUAAUCCAGGGCCGACUUAAGAUUGUGACAGAGCCCACACCGUUGGAAGGUAACGGGCUGGUCUCUCUGAACGCCUUUGGAUUCGGGGGUUCCAACGCUCACGUGAUCCUACUGCCCAAUGAAAAUGAGGAGAAGAGCCGAGAAGUGGACGUUUUCUUCGUAAAUGGCAGAACACCCACCGCUGUGUCAAAUAUGCUGGAUCUCGCAACUCAGGAACCCAAGAAAGCUCACACAAGUGUCAGCGAGGAGGAAGAUAUUCAUGCAUUUCUGCACGAGGAGCCCAUCACAGCUACCAACAAUUAA